AGACCACCGAUGCUCGUGCUCAUUCAGGCUUUUAACGUUCAUUCAAAAGAAGCCGAAUGUAGAGAUAGAUGUAUAAUAUAGGCUUCCGUCAACUCUUAACUUGUCGUCCUCAGUUUAUAAAAUUCCCUUAAUCCCCCCAAUCGCUCGAAGCUGCUUCCUGUUCUUCAAACAUGGCUGCCGAUGGCCCAUGUUUUGACUUGCCGGAAGAAUGCUGGGAUCUGAUAUUUAGGCAUCUCAAUCGCGGCUGGGACCUUGAAUCCCUCUCUUUGGUUUGCAAGCGUUUCUAUGCUCUCUCAAACGCUCUCCUGAUCCGAUUAUCGGUGACCGGCCCGAUCAGCAGUGAUACAUUUUCUAAACUCCUAUGCCGUUUCCCCAACCUCGUUUCUCUUAACCUCAGUAAAUGUAAAGGUGAUCUCCGUCCGCUAUUCUCUGAAAUCGAGCGUUUUGCCUCGCUAAUAAACCUUAAAGAACUUGAUAUAUCUAGGCAUCAAAUAGAAUUUGAUCUGUCGAACUAUUCCGGAUUAGUUUUUAAAAAUUUGAAGGUUUUGAAGUGCCGCCGUGUGCCAGUUAUGGGCGACUCUCAUUUGUUUGCUAUAGCUUGUUCUUUUCCUUGUUUAGAAGAGUUAGAUAUUAGUGAUCCAAACAUGGUCUUUCGAUCUGAGAGACAGACCGCAUCUCAACAUAUUGUGACAGAUAAAGGAAUUGAGGCUUUAUCUUCUAGUUUGCUUAAUUUGCGGAAAAUCAGUAUUUCUGGGAAUCAUUUCAUCACUGAUAGCUCCAUUGCAUCCCUAGUUGAUCGUUUGAACCUUGAAAGCAUUGAAAUUUUGGAUUGCCCUUUGAUCACUGCAAAUGCGAUUCUCUCCAUGAUGAGGAAAAGUAUAAGUUUGUGUUCGGUUUCUGCUAGCUGCAUUGUUUUUCCAAGAACCCACUCAUUAGUCUAUCAAAGUUAUUGUCGAACAUUACAUGUGAUUGAUCUAGGAAGCUCAAUAGUCCCAGAUGCUUUUCUAUGUUCGUUAGCUCAUCUUCCAUUAGUUAGGCUGUCUCUUGUGAAUUGUACGACCUUCACAUUGCAAGGGCUUUCAUUCCUUGUUCGUGCGAGUCCAUUACUUCAGUACUUUGCUCUCGGGGAUUCUGAUUUACUCACUGAUAAGGAUAUGGAGAUCUUGUCCGUGUACCUACACAGUCUAGUCACUAUCAAGUUAAAUUCUUGUAGUGGAUUGACAAUCUCAACAAUCUCUGCUCUUGUAAGAAAUUGCCAUUUACUAGAAGAGAUUCACAUGGAGAACGCUGGAUUGGGAAGAAAUGACAUCACACUCCAUUGCUCCAAAAGCUCGAGUCUCAAGACUCUCAAAUUGGGAUGGAAUGAUGAUAUCACUAACGAAUGCCUUUUAAAAAUUGCUUGCAUAUGCCCGAAGCUAGAGGAACUUGAUGUUUCCGCUUGCGCGGGUAUAUCUGAAGAAGGGAUUGCUAAUGUUCUCCAUAUUUGUCCUGAUAUCAAAAGCUUAGGUAUUGAUUUCUGUUCAGGGAUCCAAAGUAUUGGUUAUGGAUGUGAUUUACCAAAACUAGAGGUUCUAAGUGCCGCUUACUCUGCGGUCAGUAACAAAGGUCUUCAAAUGGUGGGGAUCAGAUGCUCUGGGCUCCAAAAAUUGGUUCUUCAGGGCUGCUUAGAAGUUACGAGUUCUGGAGUGGAGGACUUAGGGAAAACGUGUAGAAGAUUGCGCGAAAUUGAUUUGGGCAGGUGUGACUAUGUUGAUGUCAGAGCUGUUGAACGGAUUAUCUUGUCUUGCCAGACACUUAGAAGAGUAACAUCUCCUUCUGACCUGUCUGAAAAGUUGAAAAGGAUCUUCUUGCAGCAUGGAUGUCUCAUUCGUGAUUUGUUGUUGUAGUUGCAAUGUUUUGCUUUUGUUUGGUUCGUUUGUUUAUUAUGGUUCUGUUUUUUUAUGGGGGGGGGUCCUAAGCUUGUAGGUAUCCCAAUGUGAUGGUGUUGGCACUUGGCAAUAAGAAAGUGAUAUAGAGUAUGUGAUUAUUGUUCUGGUUUUUAGAUUACACAUUAACAUUUUAUCUAAAGACUCACUAUAUUUUGGCUUGGAUUUAUGAUGGAAUAAAGUAAAAUAUUUGACUAAA